GCACAAUCGAAGAGAACACAGAAUCAAGCGCGUGAUUGAAGAGCUGGAAUCGUCCCGAGGAAGCUUUAGAAUAUUGUUUGGCCCGCAUCCAUGCUGUAGCAGCCAUGUUUAUGUUGGCAGAGCUGCAGGACACGCUGAAGGUGCCGCCGCAGAGCUUGAGCCUCGCGCUGCAGGAUGCUAUCACUCAGGAGCUUGCCAACCUUUACUUUGACAAGGUGCUGAAGGAUUUAGGGCUGUGUGUGACGCUGUAUGACAUUAGUAAGGUAGAAGGAGGCUCUGUAUUUCCUGGCGAUGGUGCGCCUCACUUCACGGUGGAUUUUAGGCUUGUUAUGUUCCGCCCCUUUGUUGGUGAGGUGUUGAUAGCGAAACUGAAAAGGUGCGACAAGGCAGGCCUCUAUUUGUCAUUGGGUAGUUUUUUUGAGGACAUACACAUUCCUGAGCAUCUCCUUCAACAACCUUCCAAAUUUGACGAGGAAGAGAAGCUCUGGAUUUGGAACUACAACGGGGCUGAUAUGUUUAUGGACCUUGAGGAAGAUGUUCGAUUCCGGGUAGUACAGGUGAAAUACCCACCAAUUCCUAUUGAGCAAGAGAAAGAUGCGAGACCUUUUGCUCCCAUGGCUAUCACCGGGGAUAUCAAUGCAGAUGGUCUUGGGCUUGUCGCAUGGUGGUCAUAGUCUAGCUUUUCAGUGUAGAGAAGCCUUAUCGCCUGAGAUAAGGAUAGCAAAGCUUGAGCAAGUUAAAGUUGUUUUUGAAUCAUGUUACGGAUGGUAGUAGCAUAAUAGUGGUUACAAUUUGGUUAGAGCUGAAAGGUUAGCGGCUAUUGUUGCUACCUCAUUUAGAGGGUGUUUCCUCAACGGUGAUGGGUUGUCAUAAUACUACAAGAAACAUAGCAGAGCUUCAUUAAAGUGGCAUUGACGUUUCUUGCUGAUACACGAGGAUUUCCUAUGCUUGUUUAGUUGCCUUUCACAUAUUGCUCUUUUGAAGAUAAUAUUAUAAAUAAAGACAAUGAUUUUUUUUAUAGCUU